CUGUUUUAUCAGGAAGUUAAUUCACGUUCGAGGAUCCAACACUUUCAUAUCAAUUCAUAACUAAUUAGUUUAACCAACAUGACAUUUAACCAACACGACAGGAAGGUUAAACAAGGCGUAGCAGAAAAGGAAAACAUCUAGAAGUGUUUGGGUUCAAGUCGAGGUGGCAGGGGUGGGAUGGUUGUCAUCAGGGCCACCAGGCACAGGAUUAAGAAAUUGUACAAACCAUAUUUUAUUAAUAUACUUUAAUAAAAUUUUCCAUUUUCCAAAUUUUCCAUCAUUGAGCAACUGCCCGGAGGGAGAACUGUCUUGCCCACCUUUAAAUCUAGUGUCUUAUGUUGGUCUGGAAUAAUUAGAAGCUUCAAUUGGAUGUUGGAUGAAUGAAAUUGAAAGCUUUGAAACCUCUCCAGACUGCAUAUACGUCACUUCUGGGUCAAGUACUAAGUCCAAGACCUCCACUGGUUCGAUGGCCAGAUCCGACUCAGUGGAGUGCAACACAAGUAACAAGUCCAAGACCUCCACUGGUUCGAUGGCCAGAUCCGACUCCUGGAGUGUAACACAAGCAAUGAGAAAAAACACUCUGCUCGCUGCAGCUAGCCACAAAAACUGUGUCUUAUGUGACUAUGUGACAUUGCUAGGAACAUGGAACCCCAUGGUCAUGCUAGAGAUUGUCACCUGUGCUCACAAAGUGAACUUGCCGUCCACUGGCUGAUGGGAAGUCAAGACACAACCCACCAGAAAAAUUCUCAUUUAGUUGAGAAAGAAAUGGUGUUUAAUCAUUUGUCUUCCAAUAAAUGAUGAACAUGCCAA